CGGACAGGCUUCUGUGUCCCGGGCCACGACUGCGGAGUCCCUCAGCUCCUUGGCAGGUUCAGAAUCUUGACCAAGGACUCCAGAGGAUGUGGCUGCUGGUCCCUGCGCUCCUGGCUGUGGGCCAUUGCCUGGCCCUGGCCAACCAGAAGGAUUCUGGCCCCAUGGACCCCGGCCCCUCGGACGUCCCUCCCGGGCCGGCCCUGCCCUGCCACAAGCUCUCCGUGAGCAACAUAGACUUUGCCUUCGACCUCUACCGACAGCUGGCCUCGGAGGCCCCCGGAGAGAACGUCCUCUUCUCCCCCGUGAGCAUCUCCUGGGCCUUGGCCACGCUGUCCCUCGGAGCCCCUGCCGCCAGCAGGGCCCACCUCCUGGAGGGCCUGGGCUUCAACCUCACGCUGGUUUCCGAGGCCGAGAUCCAGGAGGGCUUCCGUGACCUGCUGCGCAGGCUCCCCGUGCAGGGCCCCCAGCUCCUCCUGACGCUGGGCCAGCGCAGCUUCAGCGGCCUGGGCCCGGGGGCUGCCCAGGACCCGGCGGGGGCCCAGCACAGCAUCCGGGAGUAUGUAGAGAAGCAGACCCGGGGGCAGCUUGGCGCCUGGGUGGAGGAACUCAGCAACGCCACCGCGGAGGUCCUGGUGAGUCACCUGCUCCUCAGAGGUAUCUUGCGCUUGUCCCCAGAAGAUUCUGAUUUAGGGGGCAGAGAACUCGAUUUCUACUUCCCCAAGUUCUCCAUCUCCAGCACCGCCAGACUGGAGCUGCUCCUCCCAGGAGCAGCUGUGGGCGGAGGCCUCCCGGAGCAGCCCGGACUGAACAUCUCGAAGGUCGCACACAAGGCCGCGAUGACUCUGGAUGAGGCGGGCACAGAGGUGGCCGCCGCCACCAGCAUCCAGCUCACGCUGGGGCCCCGCCCCGACCUCAACCUCGACACCUCGCCCGCCCCAGACACGGAGUUCAACCGGCCCUUCCUGGUGAUGACCUUCCACACGGACACGGGGAGCAUGCUUCUCCUGGGGAGGGUUGUCAACCCGCUGGGGUGA